AUGGCUGACGCACCUCGAGGUGGAGCUGCUGCUCGCGGCGGUGGCUUUGGAUCGCGCGGCGACCGUGGAGGAGACCGUGGUGACCGAGGACGUGGACGUGGAAGACGUGGACCUCGUCGCGGUGCCAACAAGAACGAGGAGAAGGAGUGGCAGCCAGUUACCAAGCUUGGUCGUCUCGUAAAAGAUGGAAAGAUCAAGUCGAUGGAGGAGAUCUACCUACACUCUCUCCCAAUCAAGGAGUACCAGAUUGUGGAUUUCUUCUUGCCAAAGUUGAAGGAUGAGGUUAUGAAGAUCAAGCCAGUCCAGAAGCAAACUCGUGCCGGUCAACGUACCCGUUUCAAGGCUAUCGUUGUUAUUGGUGACUCUGAGGGACACGUUGGUCUCGGUAUCAAAACCUCAAAGGAAGUCGCAACUGCUAUCCGUGCUGCUAUCAUCAUCGCAAAGUUGAGCGUUCUGCCAAUCCGAAGAGGUUACUGGGGUACAAACUUGGGUCUUCCUCACUCUUUGCCAACCAAGGAGUCUGGAAAGUGUGGUUCCGUCUCAGUCAGACUUAUCCCAGCUCCACGUGGUACCGGUCUUGUCGCCUCCCCAGCCGUCAAGCGUCUUCUCCAACUUGCCGGUGUCGAUGAUAUUUACACUUCCUCUUCCGGAUCUACCAAGACUCUCGAAAACACUCUCAAGGCUACUUUCGUCGCUGUCGGAAACACAUACGGAUACUUGACCCCCAACUUAUGGAAGGAGACUAAGCUCAUCAGAAGUCCUUUGGAGGAGUUUGGUGAUGUUUUGCGCCAGGGUAAGAGAUACUAG